AUGGCACUCACUUCACUCUCUUUAUUGCCAAUGAAAUCCAUCCACAUCUCUUCAUCAUCUUCUUCUCUUAAGAUUAAGACUCUCCUUGCCUUUCAAUCAAAUUCAACAACUCCGAUUGUCUGCCGCCUUGGGACUCAGAAUGACUGUCUGGGGAGAGAGCCAAAGAGUUGGAGAGCCAUAGUUUCAACUGCAUUGGCAGCUGCAGUGAUCACAUUUGGGUCAGGUGAAAUGUCUGCCAUGGCUGAUCUCAACAAGUUUGAGGCUGCACAGCGCGGUGAAUUCGGGAUAGGAUCAGCAGCUCAGUUUGGUUCUGCAGACCUCAAAAAAGCUGUUCAUGUGAAUGAAAAUUUCAGAAGAGCAAAUUUCACAGCUGCUGACAUGAGAGAAUCGGAUUUUAGUGGUUCAACGUUCAACGGGGCAUAUCUCGAGAAAGCAGUUGCAUACAAAGCUAAUUUCACAGGAGCGGAUUUUAGCGACACAUUGAUGGACCGCAUGGUUCUAAAUGAAGCAAAUCUCACAAAUGCUGUACUUGUUAGAUCAGUUCUCACUAGGAGUGACCUUGCUGGGGCCAUAAUUGAAGGGGCCGACUUCAGUGAUGCAGUUUUAGACCUCCCACAGAAGCAGGCUCUUUGCAAAUAUGCAAGUGGAACGAAUCCGGUGACAGGGGUUAGCACCAGAAAAAGCCUUGGUUGUGGCAAUAGCCGGAGAAAUGCUUAUGGCAGCCCAUCAUCCCCUCUGCUGAGUGCUCCCCCGCAGAAACUGCUUGAUCGCGAUGGAUUUUGUGAUGAAGACUCUGGCCUCUGUGAUGCCAAGUAACUCGAAAUUAUGUAGACUAGACAGGUGGUUUUUGUGCAGAGGUUCUGUAAAGCUCUUGGAUUUUUUGUCCAUUUAAUCAUUUAUAUAUAUAUGCAGAUUUCAAAGGCUAAAUGGUUUCUUGAUUGUCUUGUGUAGAGAUACAGUUGAAAUGAGAAUGAUUGAUUCAUCAAAAUUUCAACUUAGAAGCAUAGUCAUAGGUUGCAUACUGAAAGGGCUUAAACCUCUGCUCUCCCUAUAGUUGCAUUACAUGAAGAGUCUUUCAAGAGACAUUACUUCAAGUCGUUUUUUUAAUUAUAAAUAAGAUGUCUCUAACUUAAAACUUGUA